AUGUUGGUGCUACUCGUAAAUAUGUUUCUGGCGAUAACAUUUGACUUAAAAUAUUUCACCUGGAAAACGAAUAAAAAAGCCAUCAUUAUAGUCCUUGUUGAGUGGCUGGUCGGGUUUAGCUGUGCUGUUUUGUCGUGUCUUAAUUGUGAUGUCGAUCUUCAACAAGAUGCUUCUAUUUUAACGUAUCGCCGUGAAGUUCUGGGUAAAGGCAAACCUAUUGUGCCAGUCAUCAUCUCGGCGUUCGUGGUCAUUGCAGUAGUCCUUAGUGCUAUGAUUUUUGGGUCAAUUAAAAAAAUGAAACGCCAGGUGAGUCUUUUUUGCUUUAGAAUGAUUUUCUACAUUAAGUGAUAAACUCCAUGUCUUAAAUGUAGUUUAUUGAACUUUCACGAAAGUAAUGCAGACACUCAUCCCCUACUAGGAAUCGAAAUUCAGUUCUAUUUCCACUGAGAUAAAAUAGCCCAUAAAAUGCAAGGACUCGAUCUGGGAUUCCGCCAAGGCGAUUGAGGAAAUCUGAAACGAUGAUCGUGAUUGUGGGCGAAAAACUUCAGUUCGCACAGUACACAGCGCCCUAAAAAUUGACUUGCGCGCAAAAUAAGGAGAAGUAAAUGACGACUGACCUAAUGUAGCUCGUCCCGAGAAACUGUGUAUUAGAAGAGGUCGAAAAUUCUCUUCGUUGGCACUUUAGUUUGGGGUGGACUAGACCUACGUUUAGCUAGGUUUAUCCGUAUACAUAAUUACUCUAUGGCCCAAUUUGUACCAUUUACAUCUUAUAAGAAGGUGUUGCUGCGCACUGAAACAACUUCUAAUAAUGAUCCUUGGGGAACAACAGCUUUCCAAGAAACUAAACAGGAGUAACAAGCCAGAAAGAUUAUUCCAAUUCGGAAUGCACGAGGUGACAAAAUCGAGCGUUAAGUUGACCAGGAGGGUUUCGAACUCCCUUUUCCAGUGGGUGUGUAAUUCCAACUGCUGCAGAGGAAAAAUGAGUCAGAUUGCACAACGGUUUGAGCAAAACGGAAAAGCAGUGAAAACAAGGCCGAAAAUGUUCAGUUGUCUUAGAGGAACUCUGGUCGUCACAAAAGUCUUAGGUCCUCCGCAGGAAAUCCCUUUCGUAACAGUUACCCUCACGGGUCCGGUCGAAAGUUCGAGGACAUGAAGUAGCCUUGCUUUUAUUAGAAAACUACAGGGGACGUUUUGUCGUUAUACCAAGUUUUAAGAGACCUUUCUGUUUUACAAUAAUGUCAAUAUCUUGGUAUUAAAUGUAAAUAACACAAGCUCCUAAAAUCGUAAUUAAGCUAAGAGGAAACCUCCCAAUAUUUUAGACGAAUGGAACGGUUAUCCAGAAUUUUUUAGCUUUUCUUACGCUUCAGAAAUUUCUAGGCAAUAUUUGCUCCUUCAAACAGUUAUUUUUACAGAAAAAGGUCACUGGGUGCCCCUGAGAUUAUAACAGCUCUAUUACAAAAAAGAUGUUGUAAUACGAUCUGUGAGUAAGAAAGUGGAUUGUUGCAUUGAUGUAAAAUGUUAUAUACAAAGUUUCAAUAAUUCUAAGCGCAAUUCGAUGUAAAACUUUUUUUCUUAAUAGUUGUCCAUUUGACUAAUUUUAGCUUGUAAGGUAAUAACUUUAUGUAAUUAGUAUGUGUAAUUACGUUAAUCAGUUCGGUUUGAGCCUUUUUUCUUGAUUUUUGCCGCAGAUGGACAACCUCCCGUAAGCAACCACCUGACUCGUCCCUAGUUGUCUCUCUCUCUGUUUCUCCUUAGUGGUGCGAGGGGUGUGAUGGGAAGGAGGAAAGCGAGGGAGAGAGAGUCUUCCUCCCUUUUCCCUUCCCAUCACCCCAUGCUCUCGCCGCGCGCGUCGAUCAGGCGAAGACGACUGGGGACGAGUCAGAGUAACCACUUUGUCGUGCACCAUGGGUGGUCGCUUACGAGAGAGUUGACUGUAAAAUAGGCAAGCCCGUAAAUGAAAGAGUUCCGGGAAUCUAUUAAGUACUUCAGGUCUUGGGAAACUGUAAAUUGAAAAUGAUUAUUAUGAUCCUGGUUGGCUAGGUCAAUUUAUUCCAUUGCCAGCUAGUCAGAAGACAAAAGACAAAAAGCCAGACUCUCUAGCUGAUACAAGUACAUGUAGCCAUUUACAAUGCAGAUUCAUAUGUGUAUUUGCAGAGGUCGAAAUUGAAUAUUCCUUAAGAACUUCACAAUUUUCUUUGCUGCAAUUUUAACUUAGCGUCUACUAUAAAACUAAGUUAAGCUUAGUUUAAUAUCAUUACAUGUGGUGUUAUUUACAUCCGUAAAUAUCCGCAAAAUGUUUUUUUCAUUUUUUAGAGAAAGCAGCUAAACCUGCCUCGACUCCAGGCUGAGGCCAGACUGCAAAAGGAUAUUCAAGCAGCUAAAGUUAUUAUCAUUAUUGUCCUUGUAUUCCUUGGGUGUUACUUUCCGCUCUUGUGCAUGAUAAUCUGGCGUCGGUCCAAUUCCCAUUCCACUGAUAACACUUGGAAUUAUCACUUAGUACACACCAGCAUACUCACAUCCAGUGGGAUCAAUCCUAUCAUCUAUUGUUUCAGAACCAGCAGGUUUCGCUGCGCACUGAAACAGUUUCUUAAUGAUCCUUGCGGA